CUUCGGACGACGAGUACCAAGAUAAUACCAACAGGAUGUCUUUUCGUGGUGGAGGCCGUGGUCCGGCCACUGGUGCUAACCGUGGAGGCAACUUUUCACGUGGUGGCCGCGGGGGCUUCCAGCAGUCAUUUGGUCCACCGGCACAGGUUCUAGAGAUGGGCACCUUCAUGCAUGCCUGUGAAGGCGAGAUGGUCUGCGAAUCGAUCAACCCGAAGAUUCCGUAUUUCAAUGCGCCCAUCUACCUGGAGAACAAGACUCCUAUCGGCAAGGUUGACGAGGUGCUGGGUCCGAUUAACCAGGUCUAUUUCACAAUCAAGCCGCAGGAAGGCAUUGUCGCCACCUCUUUCAAGCCUGGUGAUAAGGUGUAUAUUGGAGGAGACAAGCUUCUACCACUAGAGAAGUUCCUUCCUAAGCCUAAGCCGCCACCAGGUGCCGCAAAACCCAAGAGAGCAGGUGGAGCUGGCAGAGGCGCGCCGCGCGGUGGUAGAGGAGGUGCAAGAGGUGCCGCAAGGGGCGGCAGGGGCGGAGCACCAAGAGGACGGGGAGGCCCUAGGGGCGGUGGUCGUGGAGGUGGUUUUGGAGGUGGUUUUGGAGGUGGUUUCUCGCGGGGAGGCGGCCGAGGAGGCGGCCGUGGAGGUGGCCGUGGACGUUUUUAGACCAUGUCUGUCUUUCCACACUGUCUUAUUACGGCGUUUGGGGAAACGGGAACUCUUCCAGGAAAUGAUUUUUGAUCGCAAUAUCUUGCCGAUUAUAAAAAAAUAUUUGCUGCUAUAUUCGGUGCUGAAGAACGUAUCCAGCUGCGGAUUUCAUGUUCAAUCUUUUGCUCUGUGCUGUAACCAAGGCGUGAGAGCUGGUAGAUUCUCUUGCAGUGAGGUGAAGGAAAUAGUGCGGCAUCUUGUCUGGUAGCAAUUCUGGGUCUGCAUGGUUGGAACCACAGGCGCUUUGUUAUAAUAGGGACGCA